AUGAGGAUCCUCUGCCUUCACGGCCAAGGCACCAGUGGCACCAUCUUCAAGUCGCAAUUAUCAGGAAUCUCCAAACGUCUAACCGCCCAUCUCCCCGUCCCCGUUGAAUUCGACUACCUCGAUGGUCCAUACCCCUCGCCCCCCGCACCGGGCGUGGACCUUUUCUACCCACCUCCAUACUUUACGUUCUGGCGCGAAAACACGGUUCCAGCGGUGCGGGAGACAAUCGCAUGGUUGAACAAUAUCAUCGCAGAGCGAGGUCCAUAUGAUGCGGUUAUGAUGUUUAGUCAGGGAUGUGCGCUGGGUGCGAGUAUGUUGCUUUUGCAGGAGUGGGAGAGUCGGAAUCAGCACCAACAUCAGGACCAAUUCCAAGGUCAUGGAGAGAAGGAGCAGGAGGAGGAGAACAGCAACACGACAAGCCAUUCACAACCCCAGAAAGACAAGGAAAAUCCCCCCUUCAGCGCAGCAAUCUUCAUCUGCGGCGGUCCGCCUCUCCAAAUCCUCUCCGAAGAAAUCGGCUACGCGCUCCCGGAAUCGAUCUUCUCCCGCGACAAACUCAGCCGAACCAAGCUCGCCCAAGUCGCCAACUCAGACUCGCUCCUCGCGCUGGGGUCCCAGCGAUGGAAUAACAAGGCAGCCGGGGGCGGAAGCGCCGAUGAAGAAGAGAAGAUACGUCAGGAGAUCGCAUCGUAUGGGGACGUGCGCAUCCAGAUCCCUACGGUGCAUGUGUACGGGGAUAAGGAUCCGCGGUAUGAAGCGAGUGUGCAGCUAUCGGGGCUUUGUGAGGAGGGGAGGAGACGUACGUUUAAUCAUAAUGGAGGGCAUGAGAUACCGCGGUUGGAGGCUGUGACGGCGAGGGUGACGGAGAUGACGAUUUGGGCGCUGAGGGAAGGGGGUGUGAUUGAUUGA